AUGAAGCCGACGUCGGGUGAUGGUACAGGGGACCAUCCGUUACAUGUUGUGAAGGAUCCUGUAGUCGCGGUGAUGUUCAUUGCUGGUGGUGGUGAUGUAAACGCGAAGAACGAAAUGGGUUUGAAACCCCUCCACAUGGCAUCAAAUGUCGGUGUUGCGUCUGUAUUGUUCGCUAAUGGAGCGUGCCCUUUUUCCCGCACAAAUACUGGACGGAGUAGCAUCCAUUGGGCGAGGAACGAUUCAAUUGCGCGGGUAUUGCUGGCACGUGGUGUGGACGCGAAUGAUCGGAUAGAUGGUAUUGGGGACACACCUUUGAUGCACGCUCUCACAUUGGAAAUGUGCAAGGUGUUGAUUGAAGGUGGCGCAAUGGUCGAUGCGGUCGAUUCACAGGGGAGGACAGCGUUGUUGAAAAUGUGUGAAAGUUUGGGGAAGGCACACAAACGUGACAAAGACAGAUAUGCACGAAUUAUUGAGUAUUUGGCAAGAGAGGGCGCAUCUUUCGAGAUUAUGGAUACUGGCGGUCAUGGCGUCCAAGGGUUGUCAGGGGAACAGUUUGAGGCAGUCGUGCUGCCCAUUUGGAAGAGGACCAUGGUGGGAAACAUGCAGAAGGUAAUCGAAAAGCAGGGUCUCAGCCACAGUGCGAAGGUUGCAUGCAGGAAGAACAACAUAAUUUGCAUGACAAUGGCGAUGGAUGGAGAUGUCUGUGACGGUAUAAUGGCGUAUGUGUAA